CAGAUGCAGCAACGACAAGCUGUGGGCUGUGUCCCCUGGCUACGGUAUAAGCCACGGGAUUAAAGAUGUGAUGAAUCCGAAACCAUUGAUUGCAUCUCACCAUCUUCAUCCUCAUCCUCACCCUCAUCUUCCUCUCCAGUAUCCGAAAGAUGUAGAGCCACCAAGACAUCAUUAUGUACUUCAGCAAUCCAUGUCAUCGCCAUACUAAUUCUGGUCGUCCUUGUUUUGCUGUUUCUCCUGCAUUCUGCAUCACCACAGGGGCCCUGCCGAUUCCCCAUACAUACUCCAACCCGCUAGUCUCACGCCUUGCAGCACGCGCUACUCUUCGUUGCAAUCUGACUGAUUGCCUCGUCUCUUGGCAGGGAGAUGAGAUGCUUCCAGAGCCUCAAUGUGACGAGAUAAGCAACCCAGGCGUGCUACCACCAAAGGGCAUUCUGUCACAGCACAAAACACCACACAGUAAUAGACAAUCGAACCACCUAUCUAGCUCUCUACUAUGCAGCCAUACAAAUCCUUCCUAUUCCUCUCCCGGGGAAAAAAACUGUGAAGAAGCAGACAUACGUGAUGCAAGUCACACAAGUCUGAAUUUUUUUUUCCUUUUCCUCUCCGCCUUCUUUGGUUCAUUCACUGAGACUCGGGCCAUUCGGCGAUAGCGUCUUUCUUCAGCCCGGCUUGUUUUCUAAGCUCCGUGCCAAGAAUACAGUGCCUAUGAAUAUGACACUGU